AUGGCGGAAACGAAGAAGCAAGACUUCACGAAGAAGUAUCUCGAGGAUUUGGACCCGCAGGCCGGGAUCCAGACUGAAGUGAACGAUUCUCCCAAGGCCGAGGUGCACCGAACGGAGUGGAAGAAGGUCAUGGAGGGUCUCCCCGUCGAGAUCAAUCCGUCCGUCGGCGACGGGUACAAGAUCAUGUCCGUCGAGGAGUGGAGCAAGCUGUGGAAGCGCAACGACGACCUUGCCGAGUGCGCCAACUGCGGCAGCACGCGGACGAAGGAGCACCACUUCAUGCAGACGUGGUGCAAGCUGCGCAAGAUGUGGGAGGCCGAGAGCCUCUGCCUCGACUGCCACUCCUUCACCUGGCGCUCCUACAAAGACCCGGACUUCCAGUGGCCGGAGGAUAUUGAAAAGGCUUACUGGACGCGCGAAUACCAGGCGUACAAGCAGGAGGCGUCGCGCUGA